GGUGUAGCCUCCAUGAUGCAAAACAGUAAGUGGAAGGUGUCUGACAUCUGUAAAGAAGGUCACAGUGGGGUGAACCAGCUCGGCGGUGUGUUCGUUAACGGCAGACCGCUGCCCGAUUCCACCAGACAGAAAAUCGUGGAGCUCGCGCACAGCGGCGCCCGCCCUUGCGACAUCUCCCGGAUUCUGCAGACCCAUGCCGAUGCAAAAGUCCAAGUGCUGGACAAUGAAAACGUGUCCAACGGAUGCGUGAGUAAGAUCCUGGGCAGGUAUUACGAGACAGGUUCGAUCAGACCGCGCGCGAUCGGCGGAAGUAAACCGCGUGUGGCCACACCUGAAGUGGUCAGUAAGAUCGCCCAGUUUAAGAGGGAGUGCCCGUCCAUUUUUGCCUGGGAAAUCCGGGACAGACUGCUCUCUGAGGGCAUCUGCACCAACGACAACAUACCGAGCGUGUCAUCCAUAAACCGAGUGCUGCGCAACCUGGCUAGCGAGAAGCAACAGAUGGGAGCAGAUGGCAUGUAUGAGAAGCUGAGGAUGCUGAACGGACAGACGGGAGCGUGGGGGACCCGGCCGGGCUGGUACCCCGGAUCAUCAGUGCCAGGACAGCAGAACCAAGAAGGCUGCCAGCAGUCAGACGGAGGUGGCGAGAACACAAACUCGAUCAGCUCAAACGGAGAGGACUCGGACGAGGCUCAGAUGAGACUCCAGUUAAAGAGAAAACUACAAAGGAACCGGACAUCGUUCACCCAAGAGCAGAUAGAGGCACUUGAGAAAGAGUUUGAAAGAACGCAUUAUCCGGAUGUUUUUGCCCGUGAAAGACUUGCAGCGAAAAUCGAUUUACCAGAGGCCAGAAUACAGGUAUGGUUUUCAAACAGAAGAGCAAAAUGGAGGCGGGAGGAAAAGCUGAGGAAUCAGAGACGACAAGCUAAUAACUCUACCAGUCACAUACCUAUAAGUAGCAGCUUUAGCACAAGCGUCUAUCAGCCAAUCCCUCAGCCGACAACGCCAGUGUCCUUCACAUCUGGGUCCAUGUUGGGACGGUCAGACACGGCGCUCACCAACACGUAUAGCGCCCUCCCACCAAUGCCAAGCUUCACAAUGGCCAACAACCUGCCUAUGCAAGCAAGCCAGACCUCAUCCUACUCCUGCAUGCUGCCCACCAGUCCUUCAGUGAAUGGGCGGAGCUAUGAUGCAUACACGCCCCCUCACAUGCAGGCACACAUGAACAGCCAAUCGAUGGCCACCUCAGGCACAACCUCGACGGGUCUAAUCUCGCCUGGAGUGUCUGUACCGGUACAAGUGCCAGGCAGUGAACCUGACAUGUCCCAAUAUUGGCCCAGGCUACAGUGA